GUGAGAUUACGCGUAUUCGUGUAGGGAGGCAGGAAAAUAAUACAAUUGCAGGGACGUAGGAAAAUAAUAUAAUUGUACUAUUAGGGGGUUCAGCGUCAGUACACAUUAUUUGCUAGUUGAAUAAUUCGUAAACCUAUGCGCGGCUCUGGCACGAAGCAAAACUACAAAGUGGGAAUAUAUAUGAGAGGGGUUGCUUGUAUUAUACCACGAAGAAAUUUUCUGCCGGCGGCUAGUACACGUGGGUGAUAAAUUAAAUACGCGCGUGUCUUUAACACGCGAGGAAUUCGCUUCUGACAAAGUUAGUUCGGAUCACGCUGUGUAACUGUAACGGUAGAAUUCAACGAGCAAUUGUUAUGGCGAGUGCACUAACGAUGGAGAAACUUAUUGCGUUUUUGAAGGCGGAUUUGCUGUUCGCUUGUUGCUGGCCGUUACCACCGACCGCCACAAAAUGCGAAAAAAUACGUAAUAAGUUCUUCCGUUACUUCUCCAUCCUGCACGGAAUGAUCAUGGUGGUCGCGAUAGUGUAUACGAUUUACAGAAACCGGUCAGAUUUAUUUUUGAUAAUGAAAUUAUGCUGUGAAUUGUGCACCACUACUGAGGUUCCUUUACAAAUAAUUUGCUUCUCAAUUCAAUACGAUCGUCUCCAAUGCGUAAUUUACGAAUUGGAAGAUUAUUGCAAGCAAGCGAAACCAGAGGAGAGGACCAUUUUUCAUCGAUAUAUUGACAGUUGUAAAUCGAUUUAUAUAGGUUCAGUAUGCGCCUUCACCGUUACUGCCUUGUUACUCAUCAUCAGUCCUGUGGUAGAACCCCAUCCCUUUCCCAUCGAUAUAGAAUAUCCGUUUUCCGUGGACUAUCAACCGUUAAAGAUUAUCAUUUAUAUACAUCAUAUAUUACUCAUAUAUCAAAGUUAUACGCAGGUAUGCUCAAAUAUUUUUAUCGCACUUCUAUUGUGGUUUGUGUCAGCGAGAUGUGACAUCUUAUCAAAUAGAUUCCGAGCUGUCACGAAAAUUACCGAGUUGCGUGCGUGUAUAACUGAACAUCAAGAGUUACUAUGGUAUGGAAGGAAAGUUACUCUUUCUGUUCGAUAUGUAAUGUUAGCGUCGUUAGCUGUUAGUACGGUAGUUAUAAUUUUUACUGGUUGCACUUUUCUUAGCCGACAACCAAUGUCAGUAAAAUCAACGUUCUUAAUUUUUUUCGUUUCAUCUCUCGCAAAAGUAUAUUUGUGUGCGUGGCCAGCUGAUCAUCUGUUGAGUGCAAGCACCAAUGUUGCACACGCUGCGUAUGAUUCAAUGUGGUAUGACGGGAAAGUUGAUUUCCAGAAGAAUUUUGUGCAUACCCUAUUGCGUGCCCAACAGCCUAUAGCCGUAAACGUACCUUGCAUGUUACCGACUGUUUCGUUAAAUUAUUAUGCCUCAUACAUCUCAACUGCCUUUUCCUAUCUGGCCACUUUUCGAAUUAUACUUGAAGAAAGUGACGAAGAUUGAUUGAUUGAUGCAGAUAUGAUAAUUAUCGAUAUAUUUGUUUAUGUUGUGCGUGGCGUUUUGUUUUUGUGUAAUUAUAUUUACUAUAAAAAGUAUUUCUGAAUAAAAGUAAAAUCACUCUUAUUUGCGUUGCUUUUAAAUUGAAAUCAUACAUUUAUCGAUACGAUCAUCUUCGCACGAAAAAUCGACUUGUGUAUCGCUUGAAAAUUGAAACUUUAGUACUCCUGAUGUGUAUAAAAUAAUUUUUCCAAUUUUAAAUAACUGCAAUUUAUUUUCUGUUAGUUCCAAAAAUCGAUUGUUUUUUAUACAUACGUACAUACAUA